UUUGAUUCCAUUUCAAUUUCAAUGGCUAAUUCAUUCAUUUCACUUAUUUCACACACACACUCUCUCUAUAAAUUCACUCUCUUCCCUCUUCAUAUGUAAAAUUAAAAACCAAACUAACUCUAAUUAAUUAGUGUACACACAACAACAACAACAACAACAAAAAUGGGUGUGAAUUCCAAUAGAGUUGAUCCUUUUGGGACAAUUAAAAUUCAAUCAGAAAUACCAAUGUUUCAAACACCAUUGGAAAUUCACAAGGUUCGUUUGCCACCACAAACCACCACUUUUCAAAAACUUAGACAUAGACUUUCUGAAAUCUUUUUCCCUGAUGACCCUUUUCAUAGAUUCAAAAACCAAACUUGCUUCAUGAAAUUAAUUCUUGGACUUCAAUAUUUGUUCCCUAUUUUUCAAUGGGGUCCCGAAUAUAACCUUCGUCUUCUACGCUCGGAUAUCGUCUCUGGUCUCACCAUCGCUAGCCUCGCCAUUCCUCAGGGAAUUAGUUAUGCCAAACUUGCAAACUUGCCACCUAUUAUUGGAUUGUAUUCAAGUUUUGUGCCUGCUUUGAUAUAUUCAGUACUUGGAAGUUCUAGACAUCUUGGUGUUGGUCCUGUUUCAAUAGCAUCAUUAGUUAUGGGAUCAAUGUUAAGUGAAUCUGUUUCUUAUAGUCAAGAUCCAAUUCUCUAUCUUAAAUUGGCUUUCACUGCCACUUUCUUUGCUGGUGUAUUCCAAUCUUCUCUUGGUGUAUUAAGGUUAGGCUUUGUAAUUGAUUUUCUAUCAAAGGCAACAUUGGUGGGUUUCAUGGCUGGUGCAGCAAUAAUUGUGUCACUACAACAACUCAAAGGGUUGCUAGGAAUAGUUCACUUCACCACUAAGAUGCAAAUAGUACCUGUUUUGGCCUCUGUUUUCAUUCAAAGAGACGAGUGGUCAUGGCAAACUAUUUUACUAGGAUUCAGUUUCCUAUUCUUCCUUCUUAUGACAAGACACAUUAGCUUGAAGAAGCCAAAAUUAUUCUGGAUUUCAGCAGCUGCACCAUUGACUUCAGUGAUUCUGUCAACCCUUUUAGUCUUUUCUAUGAGAAAUAAGAUUCAUAAAAUAGCAAUUAUUGGUGAAUUGCCAAAAGGACUUAAUCCACCAUCAUCAAAUAUGUUAUACUUUAAUGGUCCUUAUUUGGCUCUUGCUAUCAAAACUGGACUUGUCACUGGAGUUUUGUCUCUCACUGAAGGAAUUGCAGUUGGAAGAACAUUUGCUUCACUUAGGAACUACCAAGUGGAUGGAAACAAAGAAAUGAUGGCUAUUGGUCUUAUGAACAUAGCUGGUUCAUGUUCUUCAUGUUAUGUCACGACAGGAUCCUUUUCUCGAUCGGCCGUUAACUACAAUGCCGGAGCACAGACAACAGUCUCAAACAUAAUCAUGGCUUCAGCUGUUCUUGUGACACUUCUGUUUCUUAUGCCACUGUUCUAUUACACGCCGAACGUUGUCUUAGCAGCCAUUAUCAUCACUGCUGUCAUUGGUCUAAUCGAUUAUCAAGCUGCAUACAAAUUGUGGAAGGUUGACAAACUUGAUUUCUUGGCUUGUUUGUGCUCCUUUUUCGGUGUUCUCUUCAUUUCAGUACCAUUAGGCCUCGGAAUUGCAGUGGCAAUAUCGGUCUUCAAAAUCCUGCUUCAUGUCUCUAGGCCAAACACAGUUGUUUUGGGAAACAUUCCAGGGACACCAAUAUUUCACAACCUAAACCAAUAUAAAGAAGCUUUGAGGAUUCCUUCAUUUAUCAUUUUGGCUGUAGAGUCUCCCAUUUACUUUGCAAAUGCAACUUACCUGCAAGAAAGGAUUCUAAGAUGGGUUCGAGAAGAGGAAGAGCGCAUAAUAGCAAUCAAUGGAAGUACAUUGAAAUGCAUAAUUUUAGACAUGACAGCCGUGACAGGUAUAGACACAAGUGGAAUCGAUACAUUAUGCGAACUUAGAAGGAGACUGGAACAAAGAUCACUUCAGCUUGUGUUGGCAAAUCCUAUUGGAAAUGUGAUGGAAAAGUUACAUGAAUCAAAUAUUUUGAAUUCCUUCGGAAUGAAAGGAGUCUAUCUCUCAGUAGGAGAAGCAGUGGCUGACAUUUCAUCAUCGUGGAAACCUCAGCCUUGAAUAAUCUCCAUAGAUAAAUUUCUAGGACAAAGGGAAAAAAGAAAAUGAUGAUGGCUUCUAAACUUUCAAAAGUUAGACAAAACUAACAUUGAAAGUUUGUUGCCUAAUGAGACAAUCAACUUGGUUUAAAUUAAAGCUUUGAAGUUUUUCUGAUUCUAGGAUGCUACUUUUAUUUUAUGAAUGUAUUAUGUUACUCUUGUCCAUUUUUGGCAUUAGAUGGAGAGGAAAGAGCAUCAUAUGCAAGAACUAUUGUGAUGACUUUAUUCUAUGGACAUUGAGUGAUGAAUAUCAAUAGAUAUUUUAAUUUUAAUGAACAACAAAAGAAGGUAUUCCACUUAUAA